AGAAUACGUACUACUCCCCGUACUCCUCGCCGCUCCGACCCUCACCCCGCCGCCGCCGCCUCCUCGCUCUUGACGGCGAGCAGCCGCGCCUCAGCGGCGUGGGAGGGAGGGAGGGCAUGGCGUGGGCGGCGCUGAGGCCGGUGGUGAAGGCCUGCAUCGGCGGCUCCCUCAUCGGCAUCACCAUCUCCGACCGCUACUUCUCCGUCGCCGCCGUCCACGGCGGCUCCAUGCGCCCCACCUUCGACGGCACCACAGCAGACGGACGCGAGUACGCGGUGGUGAAGCGGAGCCCCCUCUACGACUACUCCCGCGGCGAGGUCGUCGUCUUCGUGUCGCCGGCGGACCACCGGAGCAGGACGAUCAAGAGGCUGAUUGGGCUGCCCGGCGACUGGGUCAGCGUCCCGGAGAAGGAGGAGAUCCGCAAGAUUCCGGACGGCCACUGCUGGGUGGAAGGGGACAAUGGCAGCGCCAGCUGGGACUCGAGAUCCUACGGCCCUGUGCCGCUUGGUCUGGUGCAGGGGAGGGUGACACAUGUGGUGUGGCCACCCAGCAAGAUGGGCCACGUCGACAAGAGGGUGCCGCCGGAAGGAAGGGUCAUGCCGCAGCGAAAUCUCUAGUCCAUCUCUCUUGCUUGCUUCCUGGGUUGGUUGCUUUCUCCCGCAGUUUUGUUCGUUGUUGCCGGACAUCAUGUACCAAUGUGGCAGGAGGAAGACAUUGGGCUCCUCCGCCUUCCGACUGUAGCACUACUUUUGGUAUAAGACUUGAUCCAUUGUAAGGGAAGCAUAGCUUUUGGUAGCAGCCUGCUAGGCUAGGCUAGGCUAGGGUAGGUGCAGGCCAGGCAAAUUUUUGGUUAGAUGUGUGAUGCAUUGUAACUUGUAUAUUUAUUUUCUACUGAAUAAUGUAGUUGAUAUGAAAAGAAGAGAUGUCAACAUAUAUUAUUUGAA